CUCUUCUUUAUGCAACUAUUUUUGGAAAUGUCACCACCAUUUUCCAGCAAAUGUAUGCCAACACCAACCGAUACCAUGAGAUGCUGAACAACGUGAGGGAUUUCCUAAAAUUAUAUCAAGUCCCAAAAGGCCUUAGUGAAAGAGUCAUGGAUUAUAUUGUCUCAACCUGGUCCAUGUCUAAAGGAAUUGACACAGAGAAGGUUCUCUCAAUUUGCCCAAAGGACAUGAGAGCAGAUAUUUGUGUGCACCUAAACCGCAAAGUUUUUAACGAGCACCCUGCCUUCCGGCUGGCUAGUGACGGCUGCCUGCGAGCCCUGGCUGUGGAGUUUCAGACAAUCCAUUGUGCCCCGGGGGACCUCAUCUAUCAUGCUGGGGAAAGCGUUGAUGCGCUUUGCUUUGUGGUCUCGGGAUCCCUAGAAGUCAUCCAGGACGACGAAGUGGUGGCUAUUUUAGGUAAAGGUGAUGUGUUUGGUGAUAUCUUCUGGAAGGAAACCAGUCUGGCCCAUGCAUGUGCCAAUGUACGGGCUCUGACAUACUGCGAUUUACAUAUUAUUAAAAGAGAAGCCUUGCUUAAAGUGUUGGACUUUUAUACUGCUUUUGCAAAUUCGUUCUCAAGGAAUCUCACGCUCACCUGCAAUUUGAGGAAACGGAUCAUCUUCCGGAAGAUCAGCGAUGUCAAGAAGGAAGAAGAGGAGCGCCUGCGCCAGAAGAACGAGGUGACACUGAGCAUCCCUGUGGACCACCCUGUGCGGAAACUAUUUCAGAAAUUCAAACAGCAAAAGGAGAUGCGUAAUCAAGGCUCAACCCACAUUGACCCAGAAAGGAACCAGCUUCAGGUGGAAAGCCGGAGCGUGCAGAAUGGGGCCUCCAUCACAGGCACCAGUGUGGUCACCGUAUCUCAGAUCACCCCCAUCCAGACAUCCCUGGCUUACAUGAAAACCAGUGAGGCCAUGAAGCAGAACAACAGGGAUGUGAUGGAGCUCAAGCCAAAUGGAAACGGAGACCAAAAAUGCCUGAAAGUAAACAGUCCCAUGCGGAUGAAAAACGGGAACGGGAAAGGGUGGCUUCGACUGAAGAACACCAUGGGGAUCCACGAGGAGAAGAAGGAGGACUGGAACAACGUCACGAAGGCUGAGUCCAUGGGGUUGCUGUCUGAUGACUCCAAGUGCAAUGACUCGGAGAAUGGUGUAAAUAAAAACCCACUGAGGAAAACAGACUCUUGUGACAGUGGAAUAACAAAAAGUGACCUUCGCUUGGAUAAAGCUGGUGAGACUCGCAGCCCCCUGGAGCACAGCCCCAUUCAGGCUGAUGCUAGACAUCCUUUCUACCCUAUUCCUGAGCAGGCCUUACAAACCACGCUGCAGGAAGUCAAACACGAACUCAAAGAAGAUAUCCAGCUGCUAAGCAGUAGGAUGGCUGCCCUUGAAAAUCAGGUGGCAGAAAUUUUAAAAAUAUUGUCCGAAAAGAACGUACCCCAGAUCUCUUCCCCCAAAUCCCAUUUAUCACCCCAGCGGCCCCCCCAGAUACCUUGUCAGGAUAUUUUUAGUGUUUCAAGGCCUGCAUCACCUGAAUCAGAAAAAGAUGAAAUCCACUUUUAG